AAGCACCACUAACAAACCAACCGGUCACAAACCGAGGCCGCUCGUUAACCGUCAUAUUUAAGAAAUGGAUUUCAGCUCGAGAGGAGAGAACGGGAGCCCGAACGGCCCAAACGUCGCGUGGUUGUAGAGCGAGAUCAUAAGGCGCGUGGUUUCUGCGCGUCGGUUUCAUUCUCCGGUCACAGUUCUUCCUCUACACAGCGAGAAAUGGUCACGUCCACACCGGGGAUCCUUCUGCUGCCGCUGCUAUUAUGUCUCCAGCACUGCAUGAAAGUCCACGGUACAAAGACAGAAUGUGAGGCUAACCAGUUCCAGUGUGGAAAUGGUCGCUGCAUCCCGUCAGUCUGGCAGUGUGACGGCGAUGAGGACUGCACUGACGGCAGCGACGAGAGCUCCUGUGUGAAAAAGACUUGUGCUGAGCUGGACUUUGUGUGUCGGAACGGCCAAUGUGUCCCGAAGCGAUGGCACUGCGACGGGGAGCCGGACUGUGAGGACGGAUCCGACGAGAGUCUAGAAAUCUGCCACACAAGGACGUGUCGUGUGAAUGAGUUCAGCUGCGGAGCCGGCUCCACUCAGUGUAUCCCCAUCUUCUGGAAAUGUGACGGAGAGAAAGACUGUGACAACGAGGAGGAUGAAGUUAACUGUGGUAACGUGACCUGCGCUCCCAAUGAGUUCACAUGUGCAAGCGGUCGCUGCAUCUCCAAAAACUUUGUGUGUAAUGGUGAGGACGACUGUGGCGACGGCUCAGAUGAGGUGGACUGUGCUCCGUCUUCCUGCAGUCCCAGUGAGUUCCAGUGUGGGAACUCAUCAUGUAUCCCAGCCAGCUGGGUGUGUGACGACGAUGUUGACUGCCAGGAUCAGUCGGAUGAGUCACCGUCCCGCUGCGGCCGUCACCCGACGCCCCCGGCCAAGUGUUCGUCCAGUGAGAUGCAGUGUCGCUCGGGAGAGUGCAUUCACAAGAAAUGGAGGUGUGAUGGUGACCCUGACUGCAAGGAUGGCAGCGAUGAAGCUAACUGUCCGGUUCGUACCUGUGGACCGGAUCAGUUCAAAUGUGAUGAUGGAAGCUGCAUCCUGGGUAGCAGACAGUGUAACGGCCUCAGAGACUGCAGCGACGGAUCAGACGAAGUCAGCUGCAAAAACAUGACCCAGUGUAACGGUCCAGAGAAAUUCAAGUGUCGCAGUGGGGAGUGUAUCGAGAUGAGUAAAGUUUGCAACAAAGCCCGAGACUGUCCGGACUGGAGCGACGAACCCAUCAAGGAAUGCAAUCUAAACGAGUGUCUACUGAACAACGGCGGCUGCUCUCACAUUUGCAAAGACAUGGUGAUCGGCUUUGAGUGUGACUGCACACCUGGACUCCAGCUCAUCGACCACAAGACCUGCGGUGACAUCAACGAGUGCCUAAACCCCGGCAUCUGCAGUCAGAUCUGCAUCAACCUAAAGGGAGGAUACAAAUGUGAGUGCCACAAUGGCUACCAGAUGGAUCCGACCACCGGAGUCUGCAAGGCUGUUGGUAAGGAGCCCUGCCUGAUCUUCACUAACCGCCGUGACAUCCGUCGUCUGGGCCUGGAGAGGAAGGAGUACACUCAGAUCGUGGAGCAGCAGAGGAACACUGUCGCUCUAGAUGCGGACUUUGACCAGCAGAUGAUCUUCUGGGCUGACCUGGGUCAGAAGGCCAUUUACAGCACCGUGUUGGAUAAGCGAGGGGAUGUCAGCACACACAACAAAGUGAUCGAUAAUGUCCAGACACCUGUGGGAGUUGCUGUAGACUGGAUCUAUAAGAGCUUGUACUGGUCUGAUCUGGGUACCAAAACCAUUUCUGUCGCCAACUUCAAUGGAACCAAGCAGAAAGUCCUGUUCAACAGAGACCUCAAAGAACCAGCUUCCAUCGCUGUGGAUCCACUGUCUGGGUUUCUUUACUGGUCUGACUGGGGCGAGCCAGCAAAGAUUGAGAAAUCUGGUAUGAACGGAGUGAACAGGCAGGUUCUGGUGGCUUCAGACAUCCAGUGGCCAAAUGGGAUCACCCUGGAUCUGAUCAAAGGCCGGUUGUACUGGGUUGACUCCAAACUGCACAUGCUCUGUAGCGUUGACCUGAAUGGUGACAACAGAAAGAAAGUCCUCCAGUCCUCGGAUUAUCUGGCCCAUCCCUUCGCUCUUACUGUUUUUGAGGACCGAGUCUUCUGGACAGACGCGGAGAAUGAAGCCAUCUACGGGGCAAACAAAUUCACUGGUUCGGACAUUGUGACGCUUGCAAGCAACCUGAACGACCCCCAGGACAUCAUUGUGUACCAUGAGCUGAUCCAGCUGUCAGGUACUAACUGGUGUGCAGAGAAGGGUGAAAACGGAGGCUGUAGCUACAUGUGUCUACCUGCCCCACAAAUCAACAAACACUCUCCCAAAUACACCUGCGUGUGUCCAGAGGGACAGGAGCUGGCUGCUGAUGGUUUACGCUGCAGACCUGACUCUUCUACCAAAGGUCCCUCAAAGGAUGCUGGGAAAGCUAUAAUCCAGCCACCCAAAGAGGCCAAUGUGAGCACAUCGAUCCAGGUGGACUCAACAGCUAAAGGAUCGGCUGCUGCCUGGGCCAUACUGCCUGUCUUGCUGUUAGCAAUGGCUGCAGCAGGCGGUUACCUGAUGUGGAGGAACUGGCAGCUGAAGAACCAGAAGAGCAUGAACUUUGACAACCCAGUCUACUUGAAGACCACAGAAGAAGACCUUAACAUAGACAUCACCCGACACGGCGCCAACGUGGGGCACACAUACCCAGCUAUUUCUAUAGUGAGCACAGAUGACGAUAUAUCAUGAUCGUCUGCUUUUUUAUGGUGCCCUGAAGAGAUGCAUGGUGCCGCCUCGUUCCAAUGCCGCCGGUUGUCCGUAACAGCAGCCACAGCAGCAGCAGCCCUUACAGUACGACCACAUGCCUUCUGAAGUGCAUUAUGUCAUCAUCUGUGGAGAGGAUGACCCAAUGAAAUGUUAUUUAUUAUGUGAAUACUACAGUGAAUCAUAACUCUUCUGUCCAAAGUUUUGAGGGCUUUUUUUUUUCUUUAUGCUUUGGUUUCUUUUUUGUUUUUGGGCCUCGGCUAUGCUUACCAUCAUCUUUGCCCCAUCCCCUAAAGGAGUAGAAGCAUUUUAUUCAACAGAUGAGGAAACUGCGAGAAUGUCUGCACUUUUAUGGGACUCUGGACUGGAAACCUGAUAAGAGGACUCAGUCAUUCUCUCUAGAAAUGGAUCAACUGUGCUUGAUGGGAUUUCAAAGUGGAUUUGCGCUGUCAGCAUUUGCGUAAAGGACUCUGAGAGACUCCUGUUUGACCUUAUUCAGAAAGAAGAUGGAUGGGGAAACUUGGUCCAAACUGUAUUUUUUGCUUACUUUAUUGCAGCAGGCUCAGAUGUGUGAAUAUUUAUGUAUGUUUGUUUCUGGCGGUAAAGUAAGAUGUAAGUUUUCUUUCAUUUGUCCAUUUUUAUUUACGAUUUCUCUCAAAAGGUACCUCCUGCGGUGCAUUCUUACAAGCUGUUUUUCCAAUCAGUGUUAUUAUUAUGAUUAUUAUUAUCAUUGUUAUUAUUAGAAGCUAUGUAAGGAUCACCAUGGUUACAGCAUUUGUAAACAUUGUACAUAUGAAUCCAUCACAACGUUCGAUCAGGACUCUCUUCAAUGCACUUUGAUCAAAUGUUUCUCCUGUAAAUAAGAUUGUAUACAUUUGACUUGAAAUCAAUUUUUUGCUAUGGUUGGGCAUCAUACCAGGGUUAGAGUUCAGAUGUAAUUUAACAACAAAGAAAAAACACAAAAAAAUGAGAAAAAUCACUACAGCUGAAUUUGGUAAAACUAUUUUGUAUGUUUAUGUGCUGUUGCUGUGAACUUUUCUAGCCGUGUACAGUGAGGGGAACUUAAAGAGGUCUGUAUCUGUGAAGAAACUGAUUUGCAAAUCACUUGAAUUAAAUCUAAUCCACAACAUUGUUGAAAA